AAGAGUGAAUAGUGACAACGUGGAUGAGAAAGCGAUUGUUGCUUAAAACCACCAAAACAGUUUAUGUUGGUAGUUAUGAUGUGUUAAUGCAUGUGUAUUGUGGGUUGUCUAACUUUGAGUCAAAUCAGUUUGGAAUUAUAAAUUACUCGAACACUUAUAAUAGGAUAAACGCUAUUAAUAUGUCUACAGAAUAUCGUAUUAAUAAGAAAUUUCAAACAAACCAUCAUUGGUGGGUGAAAAUCAGAAUUAAAAAUUAAUCGUGACGUAACGAGCCUACCUUUCCCCAUUGGCUACGCGUUUUCCGUAACUAAAAACAUAACCUCAAUAAUUUUGAUGAUGAAAGUAAUCAGGUUAGCAAAAAUGUUUGAAAAAAAGUGCAUAGUGCCCUCGUGCACAAAUGUGUCUAAAACUCACCCCAAGAAAAUAUUUUUGUCGGUACCAAAGGAAAAAAAACGGCGCCUGGAGUGGUUUGAAAAAAUAGGGGUCAAGUUUCCUUUGAACAGCCACAGUCUUUACUGCUGUGAAGAUCAUUUUGAUUUAUCAACUGAUGCAGAAAACUGGAUGUACUUCAAGAUAAUUGGAACCAAUUUAAAACUUAAAAGGGUGGUAGUACCUCAUAGAAAUUUAACCGCUGCAAAUGCCACGUCACAGUCACAACUUACGGACUCGGCGAAAAAAAAGAAACUAGAAUUACGGAACAGUAUUGAUAAAAAAAUGAAUAAAGUGGCGCGAGAUUUGUUUCCUUCAAUAGUGGAAAAGGUGGAACCAGAAGAUGUGUCUUUUCCAGUUUGGGCGAUUCCAGCUGUGUAUAUUUAUCAUCCACAACAAACAGAAAUGUUUCUUCAAACAACAACAAAUAGUGAAACCCAUAUCCAGGAAAACCACAAUGAUCAUCAACAAUUCGGUUUGGGAAGUCCCAUCAAUCAAAAUAAAAUCUUACCCAAUCUUGUCGCUGAAUCAUACAACAAAAAUCAAGAUAAACAAAUACAAGACUCUUUAAAUGAUUCAAGGUAUGUGUGUGCAAAGUAUAUGAAGCCUUACAAGUGUAAGAAGUGCCCCAGAUUUCAAACAAACUUUCUACAAGAAUUGAAACUUCACUAUCACCGUGGUCACAAUAAUAAAACACAUGUUCAACGAGAAAGAAGUUUAAAUGAUCCAUGCGAUCAAGAACACUUGAAAGCACUUUUGAAUGAUCACGCUAGAGGAAGUGAAACUUGGUUUGAAAACAUAGAAGUGUUAAUUCAGCAUGUUGAUGAUGAAAUUGAAGAAUUCAAUUCGAAUGAUCCACAAGCUGUAAAUUUUGUAAAGGUAAUUGUUAUUGAUCCUUCAGAUGUAUCCAUCAUGAACAAAAAUAAAGACUAUGCUCAACCACGUGACAGUGGCAUUCGGAAAAGGUGCAGACCACGGAUUUUAAAACCACCACCAUCAAAAUCGCGGACCAUAAACCAUCAAGUAAAACUAAAAUAGAU